GUUUCUCGGUGAUGACGUCACUCGCAGGAUGCAUUAACAAUAUCGUCACCGACGUCAUGGCGUCAUCAACGUCAACGUCGUCAUCGUAGGCACUCCCACAGCCCGCUGUGGUUGUUGUCGUGGUGGACGGCCACGUGCUCACCGUGUGGUGGUGGUUGUUGUUGUCGCCACCAGCCUUCAUCACUGAGGCGUGCAGGGUUGUCUCCGAGCGGUGCGAGAGAAGAAGUUCAGCACACAGUACGUACGAGACGCGAGGCCUCUCCCUGCUGUACGAGACGCGAGGCCUCUCCCUGCCGCACGAGACGCGAGGCCUCUCCCUGCUGUACGAGACGCGAGGCCUCUCCCUGCCGUACGAGACGCGAGGCCUCUCCCUGCCAACACCCCGCGCUGCCUCUUGCCGUGCGCGCAGUGCCGCAUGAAGCUCGUGCGAGAUGGCGCCGGGGCCCAGAGUGGAGGAUAAGGAGCGGCGGGAGUCUCGACGCACAGGGCGUGGGGGCAGGAGGAAGGGCAAGAGGACGGCGCCGCAGGCUGGAGACGGGGAGGAGGGCGCCUGUGUGGCGCUCAGAGGGCGCAAGGCCGCCGCAGCCUGGGCGUGCCGUGGCGUGGUGCAGCUGGCGCGCCAAGGGCCGCUCGGCCUGUGGGGCCAGGGCCGACUGCAGCAGACCCUGAAGCGACAGUGCGCGUGCUCGGUGGCGCGCUUCGGCGUGAUGCGGAAGGUCAGCCCGUUUGACCGGCGCGUCACCUGCGUGGUGUGGCACCCGUCGCGGCCCGGCACGCUCGCCGUGGCCUCCAAGGGCGGUGACGUCCUUCUGUGGGACCACCGUGCUCUGGAGCCCCUCUCGCUCCUCCUCGGGAACGGACCAGGAGACGCGGUGGGCGGCAUGCGGUUCGACCCGCGCGACACGGCCCGCGUGUUCGUGGUGUCGGGGGACGGCUCGCUGCUGCUGCGCGACGUGGAGGGGCGCGCAGGGCCACGGGGCCGCAUCGUCGCCAACGCGCCGCAGUGCGUGCACCGGCACCGUGACUGCGGCUGCUGGUACUGCAGCGUGGAUGUGUCCGUGCCACGUCAGGCCCUGGCUGUCGGGGACAACCUCGGUCACCUGGAGAUGUGUGGCCUCGAGGGCACUCCGAUUUGGAGGCGGAGACUUCACAAGAAGAAGGUGACCCACGUGGAGUUCCACCCGUACUGCGAGUGGCUGCUGGCCAGCGCCUCCGUGGACCAGACCGUGAAGCUGUGGGACCUCCGCGCCAUCACGGACGCCAAGAGCUUCCUGUACACGCUGCCUCACGACAAGCCCGUCAACUCCGCGUACUUCAGCCCUGGGGACGGCGCCAGGCUGCUCACCACCGACCAGUACGACCAGAUCCGCGUGUACGGCUGCUCUGACUGGAGCACGCCACUGCGCACCAUCGUUCAUCCUCACCGCCAGUUCCAGCACCUGACGCCGAUCAAGGCGACGUGGCACCCGAGGUACGACCUGGCCGUGAUUGGCCGAUACCCGGAUCUGGCUCAGCCGGGGACGUCCGUCGAGGAGAGCCGCUCCAUCGACCUGUUCGACACCGACAGCGGGGCGCUGCUGUGCCGGCUCGAGGAUCCCCUCGCCCCCGGCAUUGCGAGCGUGAAUCACUUCAACCCAACGGGGGAGCUUCUCGCCUCAGGCAUGGGACACCACGCCUUGGUGUGGGGCGAAGCCCAGCUCGACGUUCAGCAGCAGCUGCUCUCGGAGCUCCGAGGGCAUCUGGGCCACACUGGCAGCGGGAGUCGCGCUGCUGGCGGGAGCCGCGCUGCUGGCGGGAGCCGCGCUGGCGGCGGGAGCCGCGCUGCUGGCGGGAGCCGCGCUGCUGGCGGGAGCGCGGGGGGGAGGCCGCGACGCGCUGGCCUCGGGGCGCGGCGCCGCCUCGGGGCGCGGCGCCGCCGCGCUCGAGAAGAAGUUACUGGAGGCGGAGACGGAGGAAGACGGCGCCACGAUGUCCGCUCGCCGGCGCUCGACGCGGCGGCAGUGGUCCGACGAGAAAGAUAAAUAGCGCCGUGCCAGGGCCGGGCAGAUACGGAUGUCUACCUCCGAUUAGCACGGUCGCUUGCGUAUAUUCGGCAUUCGCUACGAUCGAGCUUUACGCUGCGAAGCUGGGGUCGUAACCACGACUGGGAUGACCACAUUUAUGACUGAGACUAAACCAUGUCUAUUCGGUACUCUCAGAGAAAGCAGUGCAUCACCCUGUGUUGGAGAAAGGUGUUAAAAAGAUGACAUGAGCUACCUGAGCUAUUAUCCAUGAGCUUGGGUGUGGAGGCAUUCACCACAUGGCUGUAGGAAUUAAGCCAAUGACGUGUACACAGUCUGAUUCACGGUCAUGUGACACAGUCCUUUUAUUCAGCAACUAAUUUAGAUGCAUGAGGUUUUUUUUGGGUUAGAUUGCGUAAAGACACGUGUUGUUCAACCAGCCAUCACCUGACACAGUCAAUUAGUAAGGCUUGUCACUUAAACAAAACAUGCCAAUUGGUUACUAGUGCAGCACACCUGUGUGUUGGAGAGUAAACCCACAACAUUUACAAUAAGAUUACGACGUUUUGCCGGUAAUUACAACCAGCCUCAUUAGGCGACAGCCGGAUUUGUGGCGGGUUUAACGACACAUUUACAUGAUCUAACCCAAAAACGCCUUAUGCAUAUUGGUUAUGAAAUCCUACGUGUUAAACUAACUAAAUUAGAAUUGCCAUAUAUUGAGAGCUAUACAGGUAUUCUAACAUUCUACAAUCUAUAUAGUUACCUUUUCAAGGCUUUUGAGAGUUGUGGGUUCUCAUAGCUCUUGUAGCGUUAAAACCAGAGCCACCCAAAGUGAAAAUUGUUGGAUUCUGGAAAUUCCAUUGUUGGCUCUAGUUUUACAUUUACAGGAGUGCUGGACACGGAAGUGACCAUAUGUUAAUGGGAUGCGUUAAGCGCCGGUUUACUAACAACAUAAAAGUUUUGUAUUUUUAAAUUAAGAUGCUUUUUUAUUCUUUACAGUGGUAUAGAACGUUUGUAUUUUUAAAAAUAAAGCAGAUUGUACAUGA